AUGUCUUUCGUUAAAUCUCGUACUGUUGGCAUUUGUUCAUUUGCUAAUUUUAUAAAUGCAGCCGAUAGAGCAAUUAUGCCAAUUGCCAUUAUUCCAAUGGCAAAAGAAUUCAAUUGGAAUUUACGUUUACAAGGUUAUAUACUUUCAGCAUUUCCUAUAGGAUAUUUAACAAGUCAACUAUUUACUCAUAUUUUUGUCAAACGUUUUGGAACAAGAGCUGUUCUUGCUUUUGCUGUGUUUACAUGGUCAUUAGUAACAUUUGUGACGCCUUUUUUGGCACCUUGGCCUUUUUUACUUAUUUGCUCAAGAAUUACAUUAGGAUUCGGAGAAGGAUUAGCUCUACCAACAAUUUUUCAUAUUUUUAGUAAUUAUGUACCAAUGGAAGAACGAUCAAGAUCUUUUAGUUAUCUUAUUGCAUUAGGUUCUGUCGGACAAACAUUUGCAGCUGUGAUAUGUCCUCAUAUGGCUUGGCGUUUUGUUUUUAUUCUUUUUGGUGUAAUGGGAUUUUUAUGGACAUUUUUUUGGAUUAUUACUUACCGUGAAAUUAAUAAUCCUUCUAUUGGAAAUGAAGAAACAUGUUUUCCUUUAUCACCGAAAUUAAACAUUAAAAAUUAUCGAUGGAUUGAAUUUAUUUCACAUUGGCCUUUAUGGGCUAUUUAUAUAGCACAUUUUUCUAUGAAUUGGUCAUCAUAUAUUGUUAUGGUAUGGUUACCAUCUUAUUUAACGAAAACAUUUGAUGCUGAUCCAACUAGUUUAUCAUUUACAGCAUUUCCAUAUGUUAUGAAUUGUUUAGCGGGUGUUGGUGCGGGUCAUUUUGCUGAUUUUCUCAUACAAAAUCAUUGGACAUUAUUAUCCGUUCGUCGAUUAAUGACAGCUGUUGGUUUACUUGGACCUGCUUUAUUUAUGAUUCUUUUUAUCUCAGUAGAUAGUUUACUACUUGCCUUUCUUUUUAUAUCGAUAAGUAUGGGUUUAAGUGCAUGUAAUUCAGCUGGUCAUUUAUCGAAUCAUGCUGAUAUAGCACCCAAUCAUGCUGGUAUUACAUUUGCUAUAUCAAAUACACUUGCUACUAUACCAGGAAUCUUAGCUGGUCCUGUAACAGCUGAAUUAGUUGUUGCAAGUAAUAAUCGUUGGUUUCCUGUGUUUAUUAUUGCAAGUGCAGUUAAUUUUGUUGGUGCCAUUAUAUAUCAAAGCCAAAGUGCAUCAACACAAAUUCUGUGA